GUGAUCUGAAGUUCCACUUGUACAAUUUAAUACCUGGUGGAUUUGAAGAAAAGCGUGUGCAGUUUUAUGCUGCUGAAAUUACUCUCGGCUUACAACAUUUACACAAGGAGCAUAUCAUUUACAGGGAUUUGAAACCAGAAAAUAUUCUUCUUGAUGAUUACGGCCAUGUCCGAAUAUCUGAUCUAGGACUUGCAGUUGAAUUAAGAGAUAAUGAACCUAUAAAAGGAUGUGUCGGUACGGUUGGUUAUAUGGCACCAGAAGUUAUUAAAAAUGAACGAUAUUCAUACGGUGUCGAUUGGUGGGGAUUGGGUUGCCUAAUAUAUGAAAUGAUCGAAGGAAAGGCGCCUUUUCGGCAACGGAAGGAAAAAAUAAAGCGUGAAGAAGUGGAACGGCGAGUUCGCGAAGAUCAGGAAAAGUAUUCGGAUAAAUUUAGUGAAUCUGCCAGGACUAUAUGCAGAGGUCUUCUGCAUAAAGAACCAGGACUUCGGCUUGGAUGUCGCAGAGUUGGUAAACAGGAAGAAGGUGCUGAAGAGUUAAAAAGCCAUCCUUUUUUCUUACAGGGAGAUGUGAAUAGGGGUAGGGAGCCGGUACCUUGGAAGAAAAUGGAGGCUGGAAAGUUGACACCACCGUUUUGUCCUGAUCCUAGAGCAGUGUAUGCCAAAGAUGUGCUCGACAUCGAGCAGUUCAGUACUGUUAAAGGUGUAAGAUUAGAUGCAACGGAUAACCAGUUUUAUGGGAAAUUCAGCACUGGAUCUGUUUCAAUACCAUGGCAGAAUGAGAUGAUUGAAACAGAGUGUUUCCGAGAACUCAACGUGAUGGAAGAGAAUGGUGAACUAGUGUCGGAUUUGCGUAAUGACUCGAUUAAGGGUGGAAAGAACAAAAGUGAAUCUAAUAACAAAUUUAGAUUUCUCGCACAACUGUUCAAGCGAAAAGCCUGA